AUGAAUUCGACUAAUGAAAACCCAAUUAAGCCAAGUUGCAGAUCUUUACUUCUGAAUGUUUUAUCUUUAGCCGUUGGAUGUUGGGGCUUAUCUCAUGCUACUACCUUAGUACUUCCCCCUUCAUUAAGGGAUGCUGGUCAUAAGCAAUUUUUGACAAACAUUUCUGUUGUUGCGACUUUAAUUAGUAAUGUCUGUAACAUUUCCAAUUAUUUUAUUCAAAGGAUUAAUUUAAAUAUUAAUUUGUUAAAAUUUUCCAAUUUUAUUAGUAGACAUAUUGUUUUACCAAUUGCAUUGGUUUUAGAAACUGUUGUUCCACUUGUAUAUUGGCCUUUGAGAUUAUUUGCAAUGAAACUUAUUAUGCAAGGUGUUUCAAGUGGUAAAUCACCAAUUCCGAUUUCUGUGGAUUUGGCAAUUCAUUUCUUCCCAUGUGUUUUCUUAUUAUGUGAUCAUUAUUUGUCUGGAACAGGUAAGAAAUUUAUUAUUUCAAAUAGAAAGGCUUGGUUCUUAGUUACUGCAUUAGGUUCGGGAUAUUAUAAGUAUUUAGCAUUGUUAAUCGAUCCAUCUAUCGGCCAAAAAUAUCCGUAUCCUUUCCUAGAUGUCGCUGAACCAUAUAAAUCUAUCAUUUUUGUUUGUAUCACAUCUUUGGCUUGGAGUUUUUAUGUAUCUUAUCAAAAGUUUCCUCCAUGCACCAAGUCUAAUAAUGAAUCUAAAAAAAUCAAGAAGCAAAUUUAA